GACGGCACUGGCUGAAAUGGCUGCCUGGCACGUAUACUCUUUGCACUGCUAUCUAGUGUAAGUGCCGUGCGUCACUCUGAAUAGGAGGUAGCAACGGAGGCGGCCGUGACAGCCGCUAGAGGCAGUACUGUCGUCCUCAUCGUCGUUGUUGUCUCCUUCUGGUUGUUUGUCCUUUUGCUGACUGCAGCUGACUGCUUAAAGAAGUGGAAGCGGUGGCAGUUUUUCGGGUUUUGUUUGCGUCGUCACUGCGACUCCAAGUUAUAAGUCAGUAGUGUGUUGAAUGUAGUGACUGACGUCUGCAGUUACGUGAACAACGAAGUGCGACGUGGACCAGCGAGUAAUUCGUUUUUCGCAUAAGCAAAAGACAUUUGACCGUUUUGGUUCGUAUUGCAUUACUAGCUGUGUUGUGAGGCGGAAAGACGAAGGAAAUUUUCACCAUAAUUUUGACUUCGUGCGCAUCUAUACAAUUGUCGAACGAAGAACAUGGAGGGCGACGGCAGUGGAAACGGAUUCGAAAUCAUUUCCCCUUUGCAGGAUUCGGGGGCGGCAGCCCUCAAGAAGCGCCUCGAACCCUGGCGUGAAAUCGCUUUACUGGUGCAAAGGCUGCUCACCUGGGAAAAGCCACUCUUCCCUGCGAUCAUUACGGGCGUAACCACUCUGCUCUAUCUGAUUCUCUACUGUAUGGAUAUGUCGAAUCUGACACUGUUCCCACUUCUCGUUGCAUUCGUGCUUAUUUCGGACGUUGUUGUACCAUUCAUUGCACCGAAGGUGUUUGACCCUGCGAAGUGGGGUGCUGCACAGGAAAACCAGUUUGAAGAAAUCUGCGACACCAUUGCAAAGGGACUUCGUGACCUUACCAACGUGGGCUACCAGAUUUGUCAGUCAAGGGAGAACUCCCCCAGAAUAUUUUUGGUUUGCUCUUUAGGAGUACUAUUCUUUCUAUCAUGGCUGGGAUCUGUCCUGAAUGGAUUCUUCGCUGCAUGGGUCCUUACCCUAUUUGCUUUACUUGCGCCUGGCCUCAAACAGAACGGCGUACUUGAUAAAGCUAUCCAAUUUGUCAUGACUAAGGCCAAACUGCAUUAAAGCACUCGUGAAACUACGUAUGCGUCCCUUAUGUAUUCGAUGUUUGAGAACGGUCGAUGUUCAUUAUGCCCAAAUUUACAUCUGCGCUGCUGCUGAAACUAUCCCCUAUUUUCCUUUCCUAAGGAACUAGCGGAAAGCUUGGUCGAUGCCAUCUGAUAUGCUUCUUUGAUAUAGAAAAUGUUAGUCAACUUUGUAGGUGAACAGCGGGUAUAAAAGCAUAAACAAAAUUCAACCUUGUGACAACGUCAGCAUUAUGCGUUGCACUGAAUCAUUAUUUCCUCUACUGGACUCUUAGAAGAAGCGAAGAAAAUGACCCAGACAUUUUUAUCAUUGUGGGCUCUAAUAUUUGAAAGUAAUCAGAAUUAUACAUAGUACAAUAUGAUUGACUUGUCUGUUGGCUUAUCCGAUAUUAGGUUAAAACUACACAGGAUACAAAAAACAUGCAAAGAAAGAAUAAAACUGCUGUGAGGCUGAAUACGCACACCAGGUGGGGAAGUCAUUGUUACUGCUACUAAUAAUAUAGAAAUCUACUAUAAUCGAAGAUGGCGGUGAUAGUUAUAUUGAUGUAAGACAUACACAUAAAUAUUGACACAUAUAAUACAUGUACUCUAUCUGCGCCUAUUUCACGAUAUUUACACUUUUUGGACAUAAUAGGUUUAUACCAGACUGUAGGCGAAGAGACUUAUCAAGGAGAAAGAUAAAAGGUAAAAACUUGAGACGUCAUGAGGAAAGCUGAUGAUAUAAGGAAGAGUCACCACAGAUGGGAUGGAUAUCGUCUGGUGAAAGACAAGCAAUAUAAUAUCUAUACCAUAGUUAACAUCAGACUAGAUGGAUAGGACUACAAAUAAACCGCGGGCAAUACGGCAAUAUGAUAAAAAGCGGCGUUGUCAACUAUACGCCUUAAUAUACACAUCACGACGUGUCCCUAGAUUAGCAAAAGCGAUACGAAAAAAUUGACCUCCCUGAGCUUGAAUAUCGACACGGAAAUAAGGACAGCCAACUAAAUACAAAACUACGAGCACUGAGGACAAAUUUGAUUAUCUCUAUGAAUUAAUUAGACCAUAGAUAGCAUCAGCAGCAGCAGCAGCAGUAGUACGGCUGAAAGAAAUAUUCGGAUCUUUUUAAAUAUUGAGCAUGCUAAUAUUUUUAUUACUAUCAUCAUCAUUGUUAUCAUCACAAUAAUUAUUAUGCAUAGUUUCUCUUAUCCGACAUUGUUAGGAACUUUGAGUAGAAUCAUAGAAUAAUUCUCUUGUGUUGUCUGCACUGAGACUAAUCCAUCCAUGUUAUUACGAACAUCACGGCUAAUGCUUGCUUAUUACGCUCUUACUAGCUCGAAUUGACCCUAUUCUUCUGGUUGAGAGACCUUUUACAACACUGGAGCAGAAUUACGCUACAACUGAAAAUAUCGUACACAACAAUAGUAAUGUUUUACUUUUAUAUGCGCAUGCUAGGCAAUAUUACAUCUCAACAUACGCAGAUAUGAGCUCAGAUAAAAAAAAAGUCCAGGGCAGAAUAAUCGCUUGUUAACAAUAUACAAAUCCUACGCGAGUUAUUGACUAUUUCCUUAUGAAGUAAACUGGCAGUUUCAAAUUCGGAGACUCAAAGUUUAGGGACGGAUUUUAUUCGCUGGAAGCACUUUGCGCUUAAAAUCCCUGUUAUACUCUAAUAAUAAUGCAUAAAAAACAAUAGACAGAUGUAGUUGCAAUGGCAUUCUUUAUCCACAACUCGUCGAAAAGGGAAAUCGGUGUAAACGUACGUUUCGCCUCGCAAAAUUAUUGAUGAUUUAGUUCAAGAGGUUUUGGCUGCUGAUUGCUAAAUAUUGCACCAAAGCUGCAAAAUAAUGGUGAUGGUGGUGAGGAUAAUGACUUUUAUGCUCACUGGGUUGAUGACGUAAAUUGCCAGCAGAGCCGUUAGCGUCGUUGAUUGAUGCUCAAAAAUUUAUGAUGCUGAAAAAGACAAUUGCCAAAAGUUGUCCAGUCUAUACUAGAUGUGUGUGCUUGAUUGAUAUGAGACGCUGUCUGUGUCGGUGCUCGAGGUGUGUUGCUUUAGUUAAAGGAAGAGAGCGAUGAGCGGUUAAAUAUUAAUGACAUAAUCUUCGAAAAAUGUCCACGUACGUUACGACAGAGCGACCCAUAUUACGAAAUUCAGAAACUGAGGAGGUGGGCAAAACCUAAAGUGACUCAUCAUAAUACCCAGAGAAAGGGAAAUAAUUAAUUAUGAGGAAUCGAUACUUCUCAAAUAUAAAACAAACAGAGGAUCCAAAAAUAUACGCAGCUUAAUAGUCCGGGUGACGACGAUAAUUCUCUUUUAUAAUUAUUAUGUAAAUUUUAUAGAGACACCUCAGUUGUUCUAAAUCUUGACUACUGCAUGAGUAUUCGUAAUACAUGUUGCUACCGUCCGAACGGCUGUGUCUCUUCAUUUGACGGAAGCAAAGCAAAACAUUUUUGAAUUAGAGAGCGCAAGCAGCUACAACAGCAGCAGCAAAAACAACAAGCAAUAUCUAAAAUACGAAUACUUACAUGGGUGUUUAUACAUACAUAUAUAUAUAUAUAUAUAUAUAUAUAUAUAGGAGUCGACAAGAUCAUUUAGCGCAGCAGGAUGCACAUUUUAGUUAAAAGAAAAAGGCAGCAGUUUAAAUUCAUCAAAAUCUGAUAAGCCAAAAUUACCUGUUCGCUUUUUCAAAGAACAAUCAUUUGUUAGUAUUAUCAAACAUAACAUUCCAUUAAAAUUAUUUAGCGUUUUGGCCUUUGUCCCGUGUUUUUGGUUUGUUUCAUGAUAGCGCAACUUGUUAUUAAAGGCGCUUUAUGACAAAUUGAAUAAAAUUAGCAGUCAGGGAGCGCACCCGACCGUGUAUCUCGAAAAUGUUUACAUUCCAUAUAUAAGCAUAUUUUCUUUUUUUUUGUUGUUACAUAUAUUUGCUUUUUUUCAUGCCCUGCCCUCAAAACCCCAUCCAAAAUGUUACAUUUUCUUUUUAUUUGGUUGUUAAUGCAUCAUGUUCCGCUUUGAUUAUCUGCGUUGUCAAUUCUGUGCGCAUAUAACUACAGUCAUUCAUUAUCGAAUAAGUAUAUCCUUUUUUCAAGUUCCAAUCUGGAUCAAUCAGUCACCGGAAUAAGUGUUAUCACCAAUAAUUGCGCAAUUGCUGUAUAUCAAUCGUCUGAUCGAUCCAUGCAUCCAUACAUGUCAGGAUUUUUUAAAAAACAGACUUCCAUACAUUAUUUGACUGUUCUUUAGGCGGACAGAUAACGCCUAAGACAAAGGUUAAAAAAAUAAAUAAUUGGGUUCACUACUAACCCUCCUACAAAAUUUUAAAGAAAUGCGAACUUCUCACAAGCUUAUAUUUCUAAAAACAUUUUAGGUUGCCCCCUUCCCUACAUUCGUACGAUUAACGUGUGGCACAGGAUACCUAUCCUUUUUUCAAAGAACUUGCAUUAGAAGCGAGUUAAUUUAAGCGUUCAGUAGUCAACUGACUUCGUAAUGUGACAACUGGCCGUGGUGUGUAUCUCUGUCUGUGUUCUAUUAAGGAAACUGGCCGAAAAAAAUAUUUUUAGAAAAUGAUACUCACGCCGUAAUAAAUGGAAAAAAAUGGAACGAAAGGGAGUCUUGGAC